GGUGAGGUGCCGUCAUCGUCCGAAGCACCAGGUGCAUUGCGUCCGUUAUCAAGAGCUUCAAACACCUCUUCUGCUGGCACGGCACAUGUUAAAUUCAACUGGAAAGCGAUUAAUAUCGAUUCGAAACAUGUUAUUUUUCGUUGUAAUGGCAUUUGCAAGGAUAAUCCCAAGUACAACGUGCACACGGUGGGUGAUCCGAGGAAUGCCCUGACAAGGUUUCGCAGCUCCGAAGCAGUUGAACUUCCAAUUCCAUCUUUCGUUGUAAGUUGA